GGUCACUUAAGAAAAAUGAGAUUCUCAAAAGCUUUUCUUUUUCUUAUCGGCACUGUCUUGGCCACUUUUUUUCUUACCUCGUCGGAAGUCUUAGCUCGCCAACUUGUUGAAACUGUCCAAAAACAAGAUAAUGCACAGGUGCACAAAUACGAACAUGAAUAUCAACAUGUGCAGCAGUAUGGGCACAAACAUGACGAUAAGGAACAACACAAGCGCGACGAUGACUGCAAGGAAGACCACAAGCGCGACGAUGACUGCAAGGAAGACCAUAAGCGCGACAACGACUGCAAGGAAGAUCACAAGCGCGAUGACGAUUGCAAGGAAGACCACAAGCGCGAGAAUAACCACAAGCGCGGCAACGAUCGCAAGGAAGACCACAAAUGUGAGAAAACCGGUAAGAAAGAUAACGAGCACAAGGACGAGUGUAAGAAAGAUCACAAGCGUGACGACAACUGUAAGGAAGAUCAUAAGCGCGACCAUGAUCGAAAGGAAGAUCACAAGUGCGAUGACGACCAUAAGGAAGAUCACAAGCGCGACCACGAUCGAAAGGAAGAUCACAAGUGCAAUGACGAUUGUAAGGAUGAUAAGCGCUACCACGACCGAAAGGAAGAUCACAAGCGCGACGACGACCAUAAGGAAGAUCACAAGUGCGACCACAAUCGAGAGGAAGAUUACAAGCGCGACGACGACCGUAAGGAAGAUCACAAGCGCAACCAUGAUCGAAAGGAAGAUCACAAGCGCGACCAUAAGGAAGAACAUAAGCGCAACGAUGAUCGAAAGGAAGAUCACAAGCGCGACGACAACCGUAAGGAAGAACAUAAGCGCGACGAUGACCGUAAGAAAGAUUACAAAUGCGAUCACGACCGAAAGGAAGCUCACAAGCGCGACCAUAAGGAAGAUAAUUAGCUCGGGCACAAAAACGAACAUAAGCGUGAUAAUAAACAUGAUCAUGAUCACGAUGACAAGCAUGGACAUUGACAUGGAUAUGGGAAAGGGCAUCCGUAGUUAUGCAAAUAAAAGCUAAAGUUUGAGAUAUAAGUUAGCCAUAUAUAUAUAUAUAUAUAUA